UUUCUCUAGCGUCGAGGACACGUGCGUGAUGCGCGUUUCGCCUCUUCUUUCUCGUGUGAGUUCCAGCUAAUCAAGACGAAUUAGGAGAGGAAAGGAGCGCCGCGUUUUUACAGCUUUCGAGCAGACGAAAAGAAAACUCGCGCACGCGCCGUCCCGCCGCUACGGGCGCGCGGGCGGAAAAAAAUUUCGUCUGCAUCAAUCACGGAUGCCGAUCUUUAAAGAAAAAUGUCGUCCCUUCGGCUCGUUGCGACUAUAGACGGCGGGUUUUGGCUCGUCCGUACGAAGGACGGAACAAAACUCGGAACGUGGAGGCAUAUGUGAACAGAGAGCAGAAAAGAACUGGAAACGUCGUGGAACGCGCAGCGCUGAACAGACAGACGUCGUCUGCUUGCCUCGCUGUGCCACCUGCCCUGCGAGCAAGGGAUCCCUACCGCAGAGCGCAAGAUAAAGGACGUUAGUGGCCAACGACGACAAAAUAAAGCGCACGCAAUAAAGAGGGAUCGUCGUGCUCGAAUGUAUGACGUCCGAGAAAGCGAACCGCGGAAUAUACGAGGCGCGGCAUGUGCCAACACGGGAGCGAUAAAUUCCCCCGAAGCUCUGACGAGCGCGGUUCCCUCUCAUCUCGCGAGCGAGCCAAAAAAGAUAGGCCAGCAGGAUCAAUGUCCAACGACGGAAUAACGAUUCGAAGCAGCGGCGGGCAAGCAGCGCCGGAUCGAAACCCCGAGCCGCCGGUCCGAGAACAAAAAUGCACGCCGCCGCCAAAUCAGCAACGGGGAAAGGGGAGCUCGCGAGCAGCGGGGCGAUUAUCCGAAUUAGGCUUCGCUUCGACUUCGUGCACGGCCUUAGCAUGCCUAGCAUCGUUAGGCCUCGACGCUCUCCGGCGAGUUGCUCACGGCGCGGGGCGGAGCUGAAGCCCGCCGUGCUCCCGGAAGGGACAUUUCGCUCGGAGCGGCGCCGCGGCCGAGCUGGCAAAAUGACAGCCAAAACUUCACACGCCGCGCCUCACAUUUGAAUGAAAAACAUGUGAAUUGCUCCGAUGAUUCAUCCCUUUCCCUCGAGGGGCCCGACGCCGCAGCCAAUGCCAACGACGGGGGCCCCCGGCCCCACGAACGGGAUAGCGAGUCCCGCGUAAAUACCACGCAGGUGCUGUAUUGUUAUUAAACCCCUCGCGCAUGCGCAGUGCGUCCCCGGCUUAUAUCAGAUGUUUCAAACAUGGCGACGGCGCUCAGGCCGUCGUGUUCUUUUGUGGGUGGAAAUUGCCUCGCCAAGGGCGACAGAUUGUCCAAUUUCGAGCCGAAACUGUUCGGACAUCGCCAGCCGGAGAGCCUCUUGGACGUGUGUGCAAAAGUGGUGGCGCAGCACAUCCCAUUCCAGCGCAUCGAAGAACGCUACAACAGGAUACCUGAGCCUGUGCAACGGAGGAUCAUCUUCUGGUCGUUUCCCCGCAACGAACGGGAUAUUUGCAUGUACUCGUCUUUAUCAAGUGACUCCAAUAGUUGUGGUGACUACCAGAAGCUUCCCUUUUACCGUGGCCUCAAGCUGUACGAGGCUGGGUGUGUCGAUAACGUGUUGCAAGUAGGUUUUCACUUGAGUGGCAGUGUGACGCCCAACGCCCCCGGAACGGGAUACCCUGCCGAGCCUGAAAAGAAGUUUCGCAUCUCCAUCAGCUUCGACAGGUGUAAGAUCACCUCGGUAACAUGCACGUGCGAAACGCACGACAUCUUCUGGUGCCAGCACGUGGUGGCCCUGGCCAUCUACCGAAUCCGGAAUGCCGACAGCGUCCGGCUUCGAGUUCCCAUCUCAGAGACCCUGCUGCAGCUGGACCGGGAGCAGCUGCAGAAGCUGCUGCAGUACCUGAUAGCCGAGCACCACACCGAGGUGCUGCCGACAGCUCAGCGCCUGGCUGAUGAGAUCCUCCAGUCUCGGUCACUCAUCAACCGCAUUGCCGGGGCCCCCGACCCUACGGCGGGUGCCUCGGCCGAGGAGGAUCACAGCUGGCACCUGGACGAAGAGCAGGUCAGCGAGCAGGUGCGCGCCUUCCUCUCCCAGGGCGGGUACUUCAUGGUCUCCCGGCAGCUCAACGCACUCUUCUCCAAGGUGAAGGAGAUGCUUCGAGCUGGCGAUUCCAACGGGGCACGCAUGCUGCGUCUCAUCACCGAGCAGUUUCUGGCUGACCCGCGACUCGUCAUCUGGCGGGCCCAGGGAACGCCCAUGUCCGACAAGUGCCGCCAGCUUUGGGACCAGCUUGGCACCUUGUGGGUGUGUGUGGUUCUUAACCCACACUGCACGAGUGCCGAGAAGCAGCAGUGGCGCCAGCUGCUGGAGCGGUGGUCCUCGAUGCACAUCUGCCCGCUGGAGGAUGCCGACUUCCGUCCCAGUGCCACGGGACGCCGUCCCCUCGUGGUCGAUGACGAUUCUUCCGACUCGUCUGAGGACGACGGCGGGGGCCACGGUGACGGCCGUGGGCCUGGCGGUCACCAUGGCGGCAACGCCGGGAGUCACCACCAUCCGCGGGGAGUGCCUCCUGGUCCGCAUCACGCUGGCAGUGGUGCACCGCCCCACCACCCGCACCGGCGAUCACGGCGGAGUGGCCUUGUCACACCCCCGCGUUCCAUCUUCCACCGAGCCCUGGAGGCCUGGAUGCUCUCGUGGGACGACCCGCACCUGCGCUUCAUUUUGUCACACGAUGCCUGUGCCGAACCCCAUUCCCACCGCUCGUCCGGAUCCUCGUCGUCGUCGUCGUCUUUCUCGUCGUGUACGUCCUCGUCGCCUGUGUCGUCGUCGUCAUGUUCCAGUUCCUGUGCCUCAUCGAGCAACCUCUUCAACUCACAGGGUUACCCGUUAUGGCAUGAGCCCAUCCCGGUGGCGUGCUCGCGGGUGGAGGCCCUGCGCUCGCACGGCUACCAGCAGGAGGCCCUGCGGCUGGCGGUGGCCGUGGUGCGCACCAUGAAGCGCCAGCAGCGCGAGUGGCAGUGCCGCUGGCAGGCCGAGCAGGAGCGCUCGGGCAUCCACCACCACCACCACCACCAUCACCACCACCGGGGGGGACGCACCUCCUCCUCCUCGUCCUCCAGCUCUUCGUCCUCUUCAACCGGUUUCUCCAGCCUGACAACGCACAACAAUACGGAGGGCUGGGUGGGCCACCCGCUCAACCCCAUUGGCUCCCUGUUCGACACACUGGCUGAGGCCUCUCUAGUUCCAGACAGCAAGCACCUAGAAUACUUCUAUGAAUCUCUGCCGGGCCCCAGUGCCGAAGAAGCAGCAGCUACCGGCAGUGGUAGUGGCAGCGGUGGUGGAAAUGGCGGUGGCGGUGGAGGGAACAAUGGCGGAGGAGGAGGCAACAACAACGGCGGAGGUGGCGGUGGCGGAGGUGGCAACAACAACAACAACGCGGCUGCAAACUCGUCUCACCACCCUCACGCGCCACACGGGAAUGGUGGCGGUGGCGGCGGCGGUGGUGGUGCUGGCGGCUCUUCGUCGUCGUCGCCUCCUUCCUCACAGUCAUCGUCAGCGCAGCCGCGGGAAAGACCCAGGUAUCGUCACGUUGCGGUGCCGGGGAGUCGGGAUCGCAGCGAGUCGCUCCUUUCGCUGGCUGUGGAGGCGGCCUUGGUGGGACUGGGACAACAGCGGUCCAUGCCCGUGGGCCUCUAUGCACAGGAGAAGGCGUGCCGGCAGGAGGAGCGGCUGAUAGCGCGCCUGCGGGACGUGGACGCGGAUGGCCUGCUGGUGGGGGUUCUGCGCAAGCAGGCCAUGCUGCUGCUUGAGGGGGGCCCCUACUCGGGCCUCGGCGUGGGCGCCCACCCGGAGAGCGUGCCCAUGCACACCUUCGCCCGGUACCUGUUUGGGGCCCUGCUGCCAUACGACGCCGACCUGGCCUACAGCGUUGGGCUGCGUGCCAUGCGGCUUCCCAUCCUGGAGAACCAGGAGGAACCGGAUGACCCCGGCACGGGCGCUCCUGUCGCCCCUGCCGCCAGCCGGUACCCGCGGUGGUUCACCCUGGGCCACGUGGAAGUGCAACAGUGUGCCCUGGCCUCCACCAUGCUCUCUGCCGCCAAGGACGAUGUGAUGCGCCUGCGGACGGUGAUGAAGUCGUCGCAGCGCAACAUCCACAGCUCGUCGCAGUUGUUCAAGCUGGCACAGGACGCAUUCCGUAUUGCCGUGCCUCAGGACGGUGGUCCCAGGCACCUGGCCCUGCUCAACGUGGCCUUUGAGCUGGGCUUGCAGGUGAUGCGGGUGACCCUGUCAUCACUGAACUGGCGACGUCGGGAGAUGGUGCGCUGGCUGGUGACUUGCGCCACAGAGAUCGGCCUGGAGGCCCUGGUGUCCAUCAUGCAGAAGUGGUACCAGUUCUUCACACCCACCGAGGCUACCGGUCCAGUGGCCACAACCAUUAUGUCCCAUGCCACCAUUCUUCGGCUCGGACUGGACUUCAGCCAGCAGGAGGAGCUGUCGUCGUGCGCCCGCACCCUGGCACUGCAGUGCGCCUCCAAGGACCCCCCAAACUGCGCCCUCAACGCCCUUACCCUGUGCGAGGGAGACGCGUACGCCUUCGAGACGGCGCACCAGAUCGUCGUAGACGCCGCAGGCUCCGGGGUCAUGACUUCCUCGCAGCUGUUCACCGUGGCUCGGUACAUGGAACACCGCGGCUACGCCCACCGAGCCUACAAGUUGGCCGUGCUGGCGACGCGCGGCGUGCAGCUCGCGUACAACCAGGACGCCCACCCGGCCAUCAACGACAUCCACUGGGCGUGCGCGCUUGCCCAUUCGCUCGGCCGCUCCGAGCUCGCGGGGCUCGUGCCAUUGCUGGUCAAGCACGUCCAGUGCGCCACGGUGCUGUCGGACAUCCUGCGCCGGUGCUCGAUGGCGGCACCGGGCAGUAUGGGGACGGCGCCGCUGGAUGCCAAGCGGCGUUGCGUGCGCGCCCUCUCCCUGGACAAGCCCCCGCUGCGCCCCCUGCUGGACGCGGCCAUCGCGGCAUACGUCAACACGACCCACUCGCGCCUGGCCCACAUCUCUCCGCGCCACUACGGCGACUUCAUCGAGUUCCUGGGCAAGGCGCGCGAGACGUUCCUGCUGGCCCAGGACGGGCACGUACAGUUUGCGCAGCUCGUCGACAACAUGAAGGCAGCCUACAAGGGCAAGAAGAAGCUCAUGUAUCUAGUCAAGGAGCGGUUUGGCUGAGAAGGGGCCGGUGGGGCACACCACCAGUCGAGGCAGUGCGGCGCGGGCAGCCAAAUGCCUCCACCGGGCACGUUGGCCGAGGGCUCUGGCAUCGCCUCUCAGUCAAGCUCACAGUGCCAGUUUGAUGGCUCUCGGCGUACUGGCUACAACUGCCGACGCAGGGUUCUUUUUUUUUUUUUUCUGGAGCAGUGGCAACGAUAUCAAAAGCACUCCUCGUCCAUUAUUUAAAGGAGCUGCUUUUCCCUUCCUGCUUCGUCUCCCCGCCCCCUCCUUUGCCUGACGCAUGUGCAGAUACGCUCUCUGAAAUUGGAGCAAGUCCCGGUCUGUUUUGUGCGCAGAUGCCUUUCUUUUUUUUCCACUGGGCAUCCUGAAGAAGGUAUCCCUUCCGCGUCAACCUUUUUGUCCUUGACAGAGAAUAUUUUUUACGUUGUCCCAAAGCAGACGAGUGUCUGUGGAGUGGUUUUACUACUCGUGAACUUAGUGAAAGACGUGAUGCCAAACCACCUUCGUUCUUAACGAGAUGCCUCUCUCGGAACUGUUGCUAUCAGGGGCUGAAAAACAAACGAAAAACAAAAAAACAAGAAACGUGGCAGGCCUGGCGAGAGACACUGGUCUUUGUUUUUAAGAGUUCUUAUCAUUUUGAUGUUUUAGUUGAUUCACACAAUAGCAGUAUUGCAGAGAGAUGUCCUCUCUCUCUCUUUUUUUGUUGUUCGUUGUUUCGUGCCUACAGUGCGCGUCUCUUCUAUGCUGAGUUUGUUGUUUGUCGUACUGUAUGUUGCUUGAAAUAGGUUGUACCCCAUGCAGGUUGCGUUUACGUUGUAUCACGCUCCAGAUGUGUACAUUCAUUGUGUUUCCCGUAUUUUUUGUUUUGCGCACAGGACGACAUGCCACCGAUGUGCUGUAGGCUACUUGCACUACCGCAGAUGUUUUUAACCCACCGCGUUUAGUUGCUAGCCAAACCAAUUACUCGACAUGUUAGCCGCAGAGUGGCUGAUUGCCAGUGCGGUCGUCUUGCUUGUUUGUGGAUGCGAAACUGCGGCAAAAGCUCCUCUGUCUCGUGAGUCCGAAUGAAGAAGGUAGUGCCGCAGCGUGCAUGCAUUUUACCCUAAGCCUAGAUCAAACAUAGUACAUAAACAUGAUGAUCUUUUUGUGUGUGUGUGCGCGCGCGCCCACAUAGAACUGUGGGCGCUCUUAUCACUCGUUCAUUCCUCUGUUGCUCAUUUUUACAUGUUCCGCGUUGAAUUCACUGUUCCACAGUGGCAUUGUGUAUAGUUGGUGGCCGACACAACGGGGAGGCAAUGUCAGAGCCACAGUAGGUGCGUUUCUUUUUCUUUCUUUCUUUUUAAAUUUUGUCAUGUUGUUCGCGUUCGAUCUUCAUGACGGGUAGUUCUGCCGGAGCAAAGUCCUUGGAAGGUUGCAGGUGGCAGUGGAACAAUUGUACUCCCACACAAUGUGCCGCAAGACUUCGAGAGCAUGUGGGAUCCUUUGUAGGCUUCUUGGAGCCAUUUGCCAUGGUCUCACCUAUAACCGACUAAGACGUCUGCCAGAUUAAGUUGUCUACUCUCUACUCUACUAUGCAUCACCGGGUUGCACCUAGUAGUGGCCUCACCGAAAGACGUCGCAAAUGGCACAAGGCCAUUUUGCCUUGUGCCGUACGUGGCAGUAAGAGGACUGAAGUUGUCAACCCCGGUCGACGCCCACCAUUUUUGGUUGUUUAAAUUUGAAAGAGCUCAAGCAUUUGCCAACAGCUAUGGAAUCUGCUUUUUCUUUUUUUUCCCCUUGACCUUGUCUCUCGCCAGAAACUGCCGGUGACGGGUGCAUGUCGAGGGACAACGAAUACGCGUCGUCGUUUGCAAUCGCGUGUAACGAUAAGUCCCUCUUUUUUUUUUUUCCAUAUCUGUUUUGUGGUUUGAUGUCUUUUUGGCCACACGACGAGCCAGUUCUGUUCCGUGUUGUCAAAAUCGAAGAAGAGUUUGCGGCCGCUUGUAUAUAGUCUCGUGUCCGUCUCCGCAAUAUUCCAGAUGCGGCACGCACCCUCCUCUUCUGUUGUUUUUUUCUUGUCUUUUUUUUUUUUUUGGUUGGACCUAUAGCUGUGUUUCAUGAUUGCAGAGGCCUCUUUUGUUUCUGAAAGUAUUUGGUGACAACGUCCCUUUUUCAAACGCACUAUACUUGCUAGAAAAGCGGAAGCACGCAGUUAAGUCACUGCGUGACGUCGUAGUUUUGACAUUCUUGUUCAUGUCCCUAGACAACAACUCUUUGUGCCUUGCGGUUGUUACAGUUCCGUUUAUCGUUCGUAUAUUUUCUUUCAUUUGCACCAUAUCUUUUCCACUUUUCUCCGUUUCUUUAUUCAUUGUUUCGCAAUGUAUCCUUCGUUAAUACUGUGCAAGUAGAAUCAAGUGCGUGCGCAUUGCCAAAAAAAAGAAAUGAAAAAAAAAAAUUACGACAACGCGGCGCGCCAUUCAUUUGAAUAUUGCGUAUCUACUUACUGAUAAAAAGAGAAGCAAAACGCUGUUACGAAAAACUGUGCAGUGGGGCUGAUGUAGCAGUUGAAAUACUAGUCAGCGCUUUCAUUUGGGUGGGCCAUGCAGUUACGCACAAAUAUUUUGCACUAUCCUUUGCCCGGUGUUUUGUUGUCUGGCAUUGCCGAUUGCUCACAAAAAAAUGUUCCGUUCCGUUACUCGUCAGCAGUUAAUCCUUCCUCUCUUUUUUUUUUUUUUGCACACUGAUGGGAGGGGGGGGCGAUAUCAAGAUCAGUGUUCUUUGUCAGCAAAGACAAAGAACACUGAAAGACAAUAUUCAGAAUGCUGUCGUUGGCAAAACAGGCUGUUGUUCUGGUUCAGCGAGGAGUGAUUCAUUGCUGGAAACAUAGUAUUUUUAUGGACAUCGUGUACAAAAUGUCGUCUUCUAGAAACACUUGGUGCCCAAUGUCGUGCAGGAGCUACUACUCGUUGCGACGUCUCGGCGGCUACAGCACUUUGCUGUUGGCUGCAAGGUCGUGGGUUCGAUUACCAAUAGCAUUUCGAUGAAAGCAGAAUGCAAGACCGCUCGUGUACCGUACCAAGCUUUGUAUGCAUGUUUAAGAACCCCAGAUGGUCAGACUUAAUCCAAAGCCCCCAAUUUAGCGAGUCCUUCAUAGCUGGGUUUCAGCUUUCAGGCAUAAAAACCGUAAUCUAAUAUUUUACCUCAGGACCCUGAUUAUGUCAUCCUGAUAGUUGUCUUUGAUUUGGCCUUUUUUUCUAGUCUAAACCAUUCUUUGAGGUUUUUCGCUGGUUAUCACUGAUUCAAGAAAAAAAAAAAAAACAGCAAUGGGAAACAGGCUAAUCUCUGAAGAUAAGUCUCACAGAAUUGGAAGUCUAAAUAUAGCUUCUUGUGGCAUCACCCAUAGAGCUUUGUAUACUCGCCUUUGUUUUUUCUCUCUGAAACCAUUGACCAUAAAAAUUUGCCACCAUGUUUAAAGGGGCUGAUACCAACUUACCAACUACAGUGUGCAGUAAGACACUGGUGCAGAUGAAAAAAUAUUGCUUCAUAUUGAUGGAAGCCAGUGCAAUGUUCAGUGAAUGACAGUUCCCGUUUAGAGAUACAAAUCAAUCGUCAUGUCCGCAGAGCAAUCCUCCCAGUACUGCUGCUUUUCACGUUUUAUUUUGUUGCCAACAGGCAGUCUAUGCUUCCCCGGCCUCGGCAGUGGCUCGCUUCUCCGUUGGCAAGGGCCACAGAUCAAUGCAACCUUUUUUUCUUUUGGCGAACCAGGCAUGUAACAGUGUUAAGUGUUGUAUUAUACAAUCCAAGCAAAACAUAAGUUAUUAAGAAAAUAUGCAGAUUAGAGACUUGCUCUAAAGAAAAAAUGAAAAAAAGCAUAUUUGGUGGGGCUGUACAAAAAAAAAAACUCAGUCUGGUAUGAUUCUCUUGCUAAGCCUUUUCCCACCUCCUUUCUUUUUAUUCAUGUCUGAUAAAGAAAAGCCUACAUGUUGUUAAAAACAGCAUUCUGUUUUUAAGCUCUCCAACAUUAAGUUGCUUUAAGCCUCUGAAUCGUCACACGCACACGCUUGCCAUUCUUGCAGAAAUCAGCCACUCGGUCAAGGAAAACAAUUGGAGAGAAAUGAACGUAAUCCCCUUGAAUGUCCUAAAGCAGUUGUUUGACAUAGCAGCGCAAGUUCCACUCGCAGAUGACUACAAAGCAACGUUACUGCCACGUCUUUUGUCCUGUGAGAAAUCGUCGGUCUGAGGGUGGAUUGCUCCAUUCAUCUCUUUAGUGAAGGCCUGCUUUCAAAGUUUUCUUUCCUCUUGUCCCUUCCGCAUAUGCCCAACUGUCAAGAGGCCUUUGUCUCUCGGAAUCUCUUCGGAUGAUCUCUCUAGCAGCGAAUCAACAUAUCGUACAGCUUGCACCGUUUCUAAGCAUCUUACUUCGUGAUAGUCUGUAAAUGUCUCCGGUUACAUAUGCAUGCUGUAUGUGCAGUAUAUAUUUUGGCUGAAGGCAUAGAGGUCUGUCGACGUUCACAGCAGGGUUGGUAACUUCUUUCUUUGUUUAACAGUAUCGCUAGGUCAUAGCCCAAAACACUCCAUCUUUAGCAACAAGUCGCUGAAUGAUGAUAAUGAUUGAUUGCUUGUAAUUCUGUCUCUUUACGUUUCGAUUGUUCCUGCAUGUCUUCUAUAUUAGUUCUUGGACUGUAGCUCUAGGUCACGUUCACUAGGGGCCGAGUCAGCAUUUGAAAUGCGAUAAGGGAAAAGAACCCCCGAUUUUCUAAAACGUUAUCAGAUCUCAAGAUUGUGCUUCGCCAAGAAAAGCAGAUUUGAUGACCCAGGUGGCUCUCCUAUAAGCUCUUCGGUGUGUCUUUAAAACUAGGAACAAAUGGAGGCGCAAAUGGAGGCUCUUGGGAUAAAAUUGGGGCGAAGCGUUAAAAACUUAGAAGUCUGAGGAAUUUUACCAGAUCAGUUUAGCGACUGUUUAAAUCAGUAAGAUAGUCACCAGAAAAAUCACUAAAACUCCAAACAAAAUGCAAAGUUGUCGUUAAGGUUACCUAAGAACUUAUUCAAUUUAGCAACUUUCUCGCUAAUUAACCAACACUGCCUCGCAGGUGUCUGGAAGGCAAACUUGAGGGCUGGCUUGUUAUGGCACAAAGUACUGUGUAGUCCUUUGAGGAAAGUAAAACAGACCAUUUGAAACAUUGUGUAAUAGUUCUUCAAGUAGAUCUCCAAUGAAAACGACUAUUCUUUAUGGCACAAAGUACUGUGUAGUCCUUUGAGGAAAGUAAAACACACCAUUUGAAACAUUGUGUAAUAGUUCUUCAAGUAGAUCUCCAAUGAAAACGACUAUUCUUCAUUUCCCGAUCCUGUAUUCUUGGUCAGUUGUUACAUUGUAACGUCACGUUGUGCAGUCCGAUUUUGACUGCCUUGUUCCCCUUGUUAGGUGCUUGUUGAUUCUGCCAUGACCGCCACUGCUUUGCUUUUCCACACUUCUCCUUUUCGUGUGCUAUUAUCUAAAUGUGUUACGAUACCCUGAGUCUUCUUAGAAUGCUUUGUUUAUGGCACAGGUUCUUGUGGGCUUCUUGCCAUGCAUUUAAGUGCCUUGUGUUGAAUCGGGAAAGCCGCUACUUCCUUUUUUUUUUUUUCUUAGCUAACAAGUAGGCCUGAACAACAACCUGAAUAGCCAUAGGUCAGCAUUGUAUCUCGCAGCAUACUGUGCCUUUAGCUGCAAGUUUUGUAUCCCUAGACUCUAUAGUUUUAUUCAACGAGGAGUUUUUGUUCUAUACCCUUUACCAACUUCUGGUGCAGGUUACACAAACUGACUCCGUUAUAAGUUCUGCCUUAUUUCUUGAUCCUGUUUGUUGGUGUGCUGUUGUCAGUGAUUGUAUAACCCACUAGCUGCAGCUCAAAAUGUGUGAAAAAAGAAAAGAGAAAAAGUUGUGAAAAUGAUGUUUUCAUUAAUUACAGCCUGGAAUAGAAAAUUUAUUGCACAUUACAAGUAGUAUACAUGAAAUGAGGGUACCAGCUUUGCAACUUACGUGUGAAAAGGGCAAAGAAAAAAGAAAACAAGGACCAUCUAUCACAUGCUAUGAGUACCUUGGUACCAUGUACAAAAACAACAUUUCAGACGAGCACGCCUUGAUAACGGCAUUCCGGGGUAGCUGUUGUUUGCACAGACAAAUUAGGCUCGUCUUGGGCAGUUUGUGCAAAACAUUCUCUGACAAGACUUACGCAGGGAAACUUCACCGUCCUGCUGAUUGGAGCAGUAUGCUACAAAGGGGCCUACUUCAGUUUCCUUUAAAAUUUAACUCGGCAGUUAAAAAAGUUGUCUAGGUCUGUGUAUCUGACCCAGGUACUCUGCCUUCCCGAAGCAGUUGCUCUAACAUCUCAGCUAGCCAGAAGGCUAGCGCGUAGAAGCAAGUCCAAAACUUAUUGGCAACUCAUUCAAGUAAAUUCAACAUAAAUCAGCAAAGUAAGGUUUAUCGUCCCCUGUCCGAAAUGAGUUUUCCAUCAACUUCCAAGUUGGCUUUUUCGAUUGGCUUGAAUUUGGGUUCUUUCUUGCAGGGCGUACUGCCACAGUCCUGCAGACAGCGGUUUUAACUCGCGUGAAACUUUCUUUACCUUUAGGAUUUCCAUCAAACCCAUUUGGAUAAUUUGUUUGAUUAAAGCUCGUCCUUGGCACGUAAAGGGUUAACGCAGUCCUUUAGUGGCGUGCCUAAUGAACAGUCCCACUUUGCUAGCCCCACUGCAACGGCUACGAAGGCUUUGUGUCCUCGUCAUUUCCCGAAAGCUAUCGGUGCUCGAUUCUUCAGUGGCUGUUUGGCCACAUGACAGCCAUAGUAGUGUAUCUGCCGUACGGCUUGACGCCCCUUAUUGUCUCUCGUUUUGAAAACGUCGCACGCGAGUCGCUCGGCACGACUCCUGAACGAACGGAACGAUGAUGCCUUCUGUGGAGCUGCCGCAGUUGCCUACCUCACACUGAGCUAUGCCAAAGACGGACCGGAGCUUCCAUGUGACGACGAUGCCUUCUCAAGUUUUGCGCAUCACAUAUUUUUUUUUUUUUCAAGGAUCUCACGCUCCUCCCGAAAAGCAUCGAGUGUUCCGUUCUCAUUGGGAGCCCUGUUGGGCUGGUCAGAUUGGCUCGGUUGUCGGCUGGUUGACUAGACCGACCCAUCGAAAUUGUGCGAUGUCUCGAGCCUGACUCUUGUAGAUACAUAUCGCGUGUCUUUUCGCAUUUCAAAGCCCUGCUUUGACUUAUAAACCACUCUCGUUUAUGCGUUUUUCGUUUUUCUACACUGAUGUUAGUGUGAUGCAACAAGCGUGAAUGGUGUUUUUCUAGUUUCUGUCGUGUGGUGAGGGAUAGAAAGUGCACGGAAAACAGAUUUGUUUGAAGGAAACCGUUCUGCUUGUACGGACCAUGCAUUGCAACUGCACAACCACUGUUAGUAGGCAAGGUAGCGUGGCGAGGUCAUCGCGCCAGCAGUGGCAAUGAAACUGAACUGUUGACCAGUGUGCCAGGCACCGUGUAAUUAUGUAUUUUAAUACAGUUAAGCAUUCGCUCGGACCACUUAAGACAAGUAAAGACAGUUUAAUAUAGAUACAGAUGACUGUGAUGAAAAAAAACUUCGAUGCACUAUCGGGCUGUGACAAGGGGCACAUCUUGUGUAUCCGUUCUCGGAAAUUUAGAUGCGCUUCUCAUCUGACUGGCAUUAUCGCCUCUACUGUAUCUUUUCAUUAUCCUUUGAGCGUCAUCAGAUUCACUAGAAAGCGUACAGCAGUGCCCUAGUUAUUAGUAAAUCAGUUUGUAUUGGCACUUGGCGGAAAAUGAUGUGUGUACCUCAAAUUACGAGUUCCAGCAAUGUAUGCUUGGCUUUUACAGUUCAGCAACAGAGCCUGCAGCCUUCGUCAAAAGAAACAAAGCCACUGAGAGUACUAGUGUUGCCGAGUCGUGGCUGUACUGUGUUGCACCUGCAAAGCUCCUGGCUUUACCCACCAUGCUGUGGCUUAGUGGCUAUGAAGUCGUGGGUUUGAUUCCCGACCAGUGUAGCGCCACAUUCUGAUGGUGGCAGUAUGCAAAAAUGCUCAUGUACUUUCCACUAUGGUGUGUCUGUUAGCCCCAGCAUUGGUUUGGGAUGCUAAACCCUGUGAGUCAGUCAUUAAAUCAAACUUCUGGCGCUGAAAAAUGUUGGAGGAUAAAACAAGUACUUAUGAGCAAACAGCACUUCGAGAAUGAGCCACACAGUGAAGGACACACAAGAGCAUUGACUUGCAUCGAAUGCAUGUACACUGAAGUGAAUGCAUACAAAUACAUGGAGCACCCACAAAAUGGGCACUUGGACAGCUCGAGACAUGUUUGCGUUAGAACCUACGGGUGUUGAACGCAUACAACCUCUGUCGAAAUGCUGAUGUGCAUUUGUGUGUUCUUCGUACAUUUGCUUGCAUUUGCCUCGGUGUACACGUAGUUGUGACUCCAUUCUUUGGGUGACCUAUACUGCGUGGUUCACCCUCGUCGCAUUUUUAAUUCACACGGGGUGCACACCAAGUUUCCUACUAUCUCGUCACCUCAUUUCAGCAUCGCAAAACAUAACAACGAAAAUGAUGCUGUGGGGUUCUAGCAGCGCGGAUGCAACAAAAAGCUGCCUUGAUGUUUCUGAGGAGAGCUGCAGUCUAGCAUGCAGUUGCUUUGUCUCUUUUGCCGAAGACUGCAUGUGUAAACAACUGUGCUGUUCUUGUAAAGCCUCUGACUCUUAUUUGCAAGAAGUGUCCUUAAGUUUUGCUUCUUGCCACUAGUUUGGUGCUGGCCUUUGGAUUUGUUUGCCUAGGUGUUACGAGAUGCCAGAAAUGGGAGUUACAGGGCAGUCCAUCCUGCUUUGUAGUGUCUUAUUUGGCGUUCUGUUGUGCAAACCUUCACUUAUUCACUGUGAUGUCCCCACUGUUGUUGCCGCAAUUUGUUGCUGUUUGUAUGAGUGAGGUUUCCAUUUUUGUUUGUUUAUGUGAGUGAAACAUUUCUUUAUGUGUAGACCUUUGAAAUAAGUGUCAGUAUCAUUCCGUAAUCAUAGCAAAAUGUGAGGCAGGCCUCCAACAAUGUCAGUCAAUGAUCUACCUCUAUCGGGCAAGGAAAAAGGCAAACCAAAAAGACUGUUGUGGUUGUGAAACAUGCAAGCAUCAUUAAAGCUUUUCUCUGCUUUACUGUAAAACCGCAGUGUGGUGGAAGUGGUGUUGAACUGAAUAUUGUAAGCUGAUCUCUGUAUGUUCUGGCAUGGCAGCAGACAAGCACUUCAGUCGUAGGUGCACCAACCAGACGUAAAAAUUCCGUUAUUUCCUCUGAGCUAGUUGCUCAGAGGAUAUACCGUUACCGUUACUAAUGCUAGUUGCAUUUGACUGGAAGGUAUAAUUCUGUUCAAGGGCACCCAGGUUUUGCAUUUGCAUGCUCAAGCCUGAUGGUCAGCAAGUGGACUUAUGCCCUCUUUAUGACUUGCAGACAUUGCAGUUAUCAUUGUAACUGGUUCACGGAGUUCAGUUAAAAGAUUUGCUGGAUAAUUUAGUUGCACCGUAGAUGAUCCGGUAAUGAAAAAAGUCUCUUCAUAACUAGAAUUCUUCCCCUAAGUUGUUUUAUUAUUUUGUAUUGGCACGUUGUCGUUGCACAUAAGACAUUGACACUUUUUCUUUCUGUAGAUCUUAUCAUUUCGAUGAAAUUCAAUUCUGCAAUGCUCACACUCGCGAGUCGUCCAAGUGUAACAGUUCUUGAAUUGCACCAAAGAAGCACGUUUCGUCUUGGCAGGUUAUUGUACCAACUCCCGAGAAACGUCUCAUUCUUUUGCUGCUGGGGAAAGCGAUUGAGCGCGUCGGCCUCUUCUAAUUGUUAAUGCCAGUUUGCAACUUUGAAAUGUGACUUAGUCUGCUUGAGCACGUCACAGAAGGAUUUUUCACGGUGAACCAGAUAUCUCGGUGAUCGAGAAAUGCAACAGCACUGUAUGCUUUACAACAGUUUUCUCUGGCAAAGUUCGGCAGAUGGCACUGCAUAGACUGUGAAGUGAAGAGUAUUCAGCACUCGUUUUAGGAAGUUUCAGAGAGUGGUCUCUGCUUGUGGUACAGCGGAACUAGGUUGACGUUUAGGUCCAAACCACGCAAAUCGUCACGUACACGUCUGACUAUGUCCGUAUCACCAUGUGCAUCAUAAUUGCUUUGGGCUUGUCACGCGAGUCACGCACGUAGAACCUAAAGAAGCUGGGCGCAUUGGUAAUUCAUAUUUCAAACUACAGCGCAAGAACUACAACAGACUUAAAAGAAGACAGAGAGGACACGCUCUGAAAUUAUGGCAGAGAGCUGGGCUAGUUGGAAUUUUGACGUUUCAUGCAUUUCCAGGGCUCAAGGGGAAACAAGAAAACAGAGAGAACAGACAACAGGACACGGAAUACGCUCUGUCCUCCAUGUCCUGUUGUCUUUUUUUUCUUGGCUUUUCUGUUUCCCCUUGAGCGCUGAAAAUUCAUGAAACGACAAGCUCUGAAGUUCUGUGCUGAAGGCACAUGAGUGAUAUGCAUGCAAUGAGUCUACCACAUACCAUUCUUCAUGCCUGUUACUGUGCGCCCAUCAUAGGUGUAUGGAUUUGGGUAAAGAGGAGCUUGAACAGCUGCUGCUGUUUUGUUCACCUGUCUGGUUGAGGCAGAUGCAACAGCUGACUUAGCUGCACAUCUCUGGAUCACAUAUUCGCAGUUUACAGCUUUUUUUUAUGGGAGUGCACAUUUGCUCCAGUCUUGUGGUGCAGUGUGCAGAGAGUGCACACUGGUGCACUUGUUUUUUAAUUCGUCAGACACAUGGGGACCUCGAGACAUUCAAGGUGAUGCGGAAGCGUAGCCCGACGUGUGCGUAACGGUCCGUGUGGUUCGGGCUUUCAUCUUUUCGUGGACGACAUUUUCCUGAAUUCUUAAUUUGCAAAGCCAGUGAGGACCAAGCAAUGCAUGUUUUGUUUGUGGCUUCGUUUUGUACUAUUUUGUGUCGUUUCAUGUUCUGUUGAGCGUAUGCUAUAUAUAUAUAUAUAAAUAUAUAUAAACUGCUUGUGCAAGAAGAGAGUGUGCGCGCAUGUGCAUUUCGUGUCUCUCAGCGACAUUGCCGUCGUGAUCAUCGUCAUCGUCAUCAUAGAUGAGUAUGUGUGAAACUCUUACACGCAUUGGUUUGCGUGUGUUCACUUGCUUGUGGCAAUUCUGUCUCUUCGACACUGUACUCCGAAGAAAUAUCAUGUACAGGAUAUAUUGCGCAGAUAACCAUUGACAGUGCAGUGGGUUGGUGACGUGAUUUUCCGUUGCCGACGGACAUAUUUGCAAUCGCCCCCUCGCUGACUCUUUCCCUUUUUUUCCUUCUAUAAAAUCUUCCAAGUAUGUGCUUAUGUAUCUAUGAACGCUAUGCAACAUGAGAAACAAAGACGACAAAGGACAAACCAGGUGAUGGAAAGAAUGACCAAUGGCGGUUUGCUUCGAGGGACUCAUGUGACGCAUUCGUCUUGAACUGUGCAGUGCAGUGUCUGUGUGGUCGUCUGGCGUUGGCGAGCCGGCCUGUCCCUGGAACAGUUGGCCAUUGGCUUUGGACUCAUGGUUGGUUUGACAGGUGUCCGUCGCGUGUUGUGCGCUCUCGGAUUCCACAGCAUGUCUGUCGCAAUAUGACGGGCAACGACCGAAGCUGGCGCUGCAAGACUACGACAAAUGAUGGAAAGACAUUAGUGCGCGUGCCUGCUUGCCCGUGAACUGUUGUGUGUGGUGUUUCUCGCUGAUGUACCUCUUUCUUUUCUUUCCUCUAUCCCCAGUGCGCAUAUGUGCAUUUGUGUAUCUUGCGAGCGUGUGGCCGUAUUACUUUUUGGCAUUAAUUUGCGCCCUUCCACGUGUUGAUUGCUUUGUUCUUUCUUUGCCCUGUUUGUAAUGUGUUUGAUUAGAAACCUACCCACCCUCAGGACAGAGGCUGCCAAUUUGCCUGCUUGCAGUUGCAAAGGAGCUUGAAUGCUAAAAACUUGUUUCAAAUGCGUGUUUGUUGCCAUUUGUUUUAAUUUGUUUUGAGAGCGUGGCAUUUCACCGCCUCUUAACAAAUAAUUUUGGGCGGUGUCGUUCUUUGCUCCCGACAUCACAUUCGGCCAACAUGAGGGUACGCAUCACAAUAGUUGUGCUUUGCUUGCUGUCACACCACAAGCGUGAGGAAAAUGUGUGCCAUAACCCAAUCUGCUUACUUCAGUCUUAUCUCCAGCUGUGGAAGCUGUGAAUGGGACUGCGAUACAGCAUUUGUGGCAUUGUGUAGAUACCACUGCUUAUGCUAAUUAAGACAUAAAUUUUGACAUUAUGCCAUAAUUACAGGAAAGUUGAGCGUACAUAACAUUUGCAUUGGAAAGCUUUCAUAUGCUUAUGAAGUGGAAGCAGUGGUCUCACGAUGUAGCUGUACCUUUAUCUGCAUCAAGGAUGUAGUGGAAGCAGACGAGGGACAGAUCGAACAGAUAAACAAAUUGAUAAAAUUUGAUUCAGCUCAAGAGAUAAUUUUUAUGCAUCAUUUGCUUUCUCUUAUCUCUGUGACUGUUCUAGCAACUGCGCUUGUUUUUCUAUUGUUUGCUUUUCAAUGCUCAGAAAACCUAAUAACUAGCGUUCUGUCUUUUCUUGAAUAAACAUACAAAAGUGAUUAAACUGAACAGAAAGGGUGACCUUCUCUGUUCCCUAUAUUUUCUUACAUAUCCACCAGUUUUUUGCUUCGAGCUUCUGCGUAACCUUCAGCUCGCCAUGCGGCGUACAGUUUAGGAUAGCGCAAGCAGCGUAGCGCAGACCUACUUGUGAGAAGUGUUGUUGAGUGAUUGUUUUGUUUGCAUUUGCUUUGUAUUGUGUCCCUUACCUCAUACCUCAUCGCAAAACCAUAUCCAUCCCACCUACCUGAUCGGCUAAGUUUGUUGAACCGUUGUUAUUCCUUUGUUCUUGUUCUUUUUUACUCUUUUUUUUUUUCGGUCAACACUCGUCAGCUGAUGAAAUGUAACCGGUCCACCUGUGUUAUCACUAUUUAUUCGAAUGGCUAUUUAAAGUGUUCGCAUUGAAACAAUUGAAGGGCAAAAUGUGCGGUGGUGUGUGUGAGCAUUGAGUGACUAUGACCUUCGGAAUAAAAACGUCUCAAACUGC